CCGUUUCCUAGAUAGAAACCAGUAGUGGUGUUCUUUCGAGAGACGGACAGCUAUACCAACAGGCCCCUUCCAUCCUUUCUAAUAAGAAAAUGCUCAUGACGAACGGUCAUCUGCGGAAGUUCAUACUACUCUCAUGUAUGGUUAUACAAUGUUUGAGUUACGUCUGUCUAGACUGUUCCUCCUCCACUUCGUCACGUGACUGUGGUUACGUGAAAACCUGUGGCCCACAUGAGGUCUGUUAUGCAGACUCCUUUUCAACUGCAGAUGGAUUAAAGCUUGUGUUUGGAUGUAGAGACAAAAUGCAAUGUAUGCCCUCCCUCAUUGGAAAACGAUCUCACGCCGAUGGAGGUUUAAUGAUGUGCUCUCAGUGUUGCCACGACGACCUUUGCAAUGCAAACCUUUGUGGAGGGACGGGCUUCUUAUCGGUUUUAGGGCCCGUCUGCUAUGUCUGCGGAAAACAACCGGACUCGUAUGGGUGCAGCAAGAUUAAACAGUGUGGCAGUGAUCAAGUGUGUAAAGGUGUUCCAAGCAUAUCUAUGUCUACAACGAGUGAAGCAUAUAUCACCGACUGUGAAGAAAAACCUGACUGCGAACAUCAUCGGAACCUCAGUAUCCAUGUAGGGCGAGGUAAACCGUGCGAUUCCAUGUGCUGUUCUUCCAAUUUGUGUAAUAAGGCUAGUUGCGACAAUUCUCACCUUCAAACAAAUACAGUACCUGCAGGAACUGCAUCGGUCACUACAGUACAACCACAACAUAUAGACACGUGCCACCCGAAUCCCUGUGUUCAUGGAAUGUGCUACUCGAGUUACGGAGACUACUUGUGCAUUUGUGAUUCAACUUAUUCGGGGAAGAACUGUGACAUUGGCACGACGGUUACAACAAGCACGAGUACCAUCGCAACAACGACCAUUCACACACACUGCAAUCCAAAUCCAUGCGUUCAUGGCCGAUGUUUUAGCAGCGAUAAGGACUUUAUGUGUGUAUGCAAUUCUACUUACUCGGGCAAAACUUGUGAUAUUGGUACUACCACAACACCACCAACGACAACAGUUAGCUUACUUGGUAACUGCAACCCAAACCCCUGUACCCAUGGAAGAUGCCUGAGCAGUGUCUUGGAUUAUGUUUGUGUCUGCGAUCAUUCUUACACUGGCAAAAAUUGUGAUACUGGAACUGUAAAACCUACAUUUACAACAACAUCGACACAACAAUCGACAAUGCUAGUGCCCACAACACCUGUUUCUGCUACUUCAGCACUGCCACAUGACACGUGCCACCCGAAUCCAUGUGUUCAUGGAAUGUGCUACUCGAGCUCCGGAGACUACUUGUGCAAAUGCGAUUCAACUUAUUCGGGGAAGAACUGUGACAUUGGCACGACGGUUACAACAAGCACGAGUACCAUCGCAACAACGACCAUUUACAAUAAAUGCCACCCAAACCCCUGUAUCCACGGAAGUUGCUUCAGCGAUGCCUUGGGUUAUGUUUGUGUCUGCGAUUCUUCGUUCACUGGCAAAAACUGUGACAGUGGAACUGCUAAACUAACUGCUGCAAUCAAGACACAACAAACGAGUGAAUAUCAAUUCGAUGUUUUCAAAAUUGAUAUUUUGUUCUUUUUUUACAUUGAAAACCAAACGUGA